AUGACAAGACAAAAGGUGAAGAUGGUUUUCAUAGAAAAUGAGUCUGCAAGAAAAUCGACAUACAAGAAAAGAAAGAGAGGUAUCUUGAAGAAAGCCAAAGAGUUAGCAACUCUCUGUGGGGUCCCGGUCGGUGUAAUCAUCGACAGUCCGUACGACUCGAGCAUGGAGGUGUGGCCCUCGAGAGUUGAUAUGGACGACGUUGUGUCCCAGUGGCAGAGGUUACCGGAGAUGGACAGGACCAAGAAGAUGUUGAACCAAAAGACGUAUCUUGAACAGAGGAUCACCAAAGGAACCGAGGCAUUGAACAAGCAGAACAAAGAGAACAAAGAGUUGGAGAUGAAAGAGAUUAUGUUUGAUUGUCUUAGUGGCAAGAUUGCACCAUCCAGUAUUGACAGAAAUGACCUUGUUGGUUGUAGUAAUGUCAUUGAUCAGUACCUAAGGAUUCUUAAACGUAGGAUGGAGAUUCUUAGUAAGAACGAUGGAGCGUCCUCUUCAUCUGCUCAUGCUGCUGCUACAACAUCUGCUGCCAUGCCCAUAGUUGAGAUGGGUUCUUCUUCAACCGCAUUUUGCGAUAUGAUUCGUCAACAACAGAUGCAAAAUAACCUGAAUCACGCCGUUAUGGACUUGGAUUUGGAUUAG